AUGCUCGGAUUUCUUUGCGCGCGCCGCAAGACUUGGAUCGUCAGCUCCCUCUCGUCCUUCGCUCACGGCUCGGCGGCGGCUCACCAGAGCCGGCUCCUCCAAGCCCAUACCCUUCCCCUUAUUCAUCAGCAAAUCGCUAGCUUCUCCUGCGGUUUUGAGACUCGGCGCCACCACCACUCGAGCGCGUGCCAGCUCGGCUCGGCUUGCGGCACCGGCGCGGCAUCGAUAUGGCACGCCUUGCUCCCUUCGUCCUGCAACCGGAGAUCUCGAGAUCUCCGCCGGCCGGCGAUCCACUACGAGCUUAAGGGAGAGGGGUCGUGGAACGCCGCUUGGGACGCACGCCCAGCUCGCUGGCUCCACCGUCCCGACUCGGCUUGGCUCCUCUUCGGCGUCUGCAACUGCCUAGCCCCGAUCGACUGGGCUGACGACUCUACUCCCGACGGAAACGACGGCGUUUUGAACGAGAAUGCUGAGAGUUUUGAUUCGAAAUGCUCAGCUGCUCCCGAUCAGAAUAACAUUGAUAGCUCCGCUGAUUACAGAGUUACAGGGGUGCCAGCCGAUGGUCGAUGCCUAUUCAGAGCGAUAGCACACGUUGCUUGCUUGAGAAAUGGGGAGGAAGCCCCUGAUGAGAAUCGUCAGAGAGAUCUCGCUGAUGAAUUAAGAGCUCAAGUUGUAGACGAGCUCUUAAAGAGGCGUGAGGAAACAGAAUGGUUCAUCGAAGGUGAUUUUGAUGCAUAUGUGAAGAGACUUCAACAGCCUUAUGUUUGGGGUGGAGAACCUGAGUUGCUGAUGGCUUCUCAUGUUUUAAAGACACCAAUAUCUGUCUUCAUGAUAGAUAGAAGCUCAGCUGGUUUGGUUAACAUAGCAAAUUAUGGUGAAGAGUAUCGGAAAGAAGAGGAGAAACCAAUCAAUGUUCUCUUUCAUGGAUAUGGACACUAUGACAUCUUGGAUUCUUUCUCAGAACAGAGUCUGAAGAAACUAAACAUGUAG